GCGGAGCGGAACGGAGCGGAGCGGAGCGGUGGUUUCGCUUCGCUGUCCCCGCGGAGGAGAAGGGGAAAUCGGGCAAAAAGCAGCGGGAAAAGGCGUUCGAGCCGUAAUUCUAAUAGAAAACGGAGUUGUCCUUUAUAUUCCUCCAGUUAAUGCGGAGAGGAACGGAGGAUUUAUCCCACUGUCCUCCGUGCGAGGAAACCGGGACAGCCGCACCGGGAAAAGACUUUUUUUUUUUGGCCUUAAAUCUAAUAGAAAACGAGCUGCUGUUUGUUCCUUUGUUUGCAUGUUUGCUUGUUCGCCCCGUUAAAACGCAGUGCUGGGCGCCGUCCCGUUGCUGUGCCCCAUCUCUCAUCCCCCAACAUUGUGGGUUCCGUGCCAGGACCCAACGCAGCGCCGUCCCCGCAUGCAUUGACCCCUCGGUUUAAUCCGAUUGCCGCUAUGAAUAGCAGCCGGGAGCGGCGGGAGGGGGGGGGGAAGAAGCGCGGGGGCUGCGUGUCUCAUCCCUCCCCAUUUGGACACUCACUGCUCUGCACAUCCCCCAUUGGGAACCGUCAUCCCCCCCCUCCCCACCCCCAUGGCCUCUCUGUUCGCUGGGAAAGUGUUGAUCGUCAACAACAGGGACCGGGAUGAGGUGGAGACGGAGAGGGAGCUGUGUUUGGCCUUGGAGAACAGAGUGAUGCUGCUGUAUUUCGGGGCAGCAGAAUGUCCGCGGUGCCGGAGCUUCGUGCCACGGCUGAAGGAUUUCUUUGUGAGGUUGACAGAUGAGUUCUACGUGGAACGGGCAUCGCAGCUGUGUUUGGUGUACGUGUCCCGAGACGCCACCGCGCAGCAGGAGGAGGCCUUCCUGAAGUCCAUGCCCAAGAGGUGGCUGUCGUUACCCUUCGGGGAUGAGUUCAAGAGGGAACUGGAGCUGCGCUUUGCGGUGUCUGAGGUGCCCAGGGUGGUGGUGCUGAAACCCAACGGGGAUGUCAUCGUCGGGAACGCCGUGGAUGAGAUCACCAGCAUGGGUCCUGCCUGCUUCCAGAACUGGCAGGAGGCAGCCGAGCUGGUGGACAGAAAUUUCCGACUGGCGGAAGAUUUUGAUGACUGUGCCAGGAGGAGCAUCACCGACCCCCUCCGGCGCCUCAAGUACAAACUGGGCAAGGGGGAGAAAGCCGGGAGUGAAGAGGAGAAAGAGGAUGGUGAUGAGACUUCGUAGGGGCUGGUUGGGAUGUCCCUUGGGUUGCUGACACAGUGUGGUCAACUGUGGGCAUCCCUCGGGUUGUUGUCCCAACAUGAUUGAUUGGGUGAGAGGGAGGAAUCCAAGAGUGAAGAGGAGAAAGAGGAUGGUGAUGGGUCCUCACAGGGGCUGGUUGGGAUGUCCCUUGGGCUGUUGUCCCUGUGUGAUCAAUUGGGAACAUCUCUUGGGUUGUUGUCCCUAUGUGAUCAACUGGGGACUUCUUUUGGGUUGUUGUCCCUAUGUGAUCAACUGGGGACAUCUCUUGGGUUGUUGUCCCUAUGUGAUCAACUGGGGACUUCUUUUGGGUUGUUGUCCCUAUGUGAUCAACUGGGGACAUCUCUUGGGUUGUUGUAUCUAUGCGAUCAACUGGGGACUUCUCUUGGGUUUUUGUCCCAAUCUAAUCAACUGGGGACAUCUUUUGGGUUGCUGUCCCAAUCUGAUCAACUGGGGACAUCUCUUGGGUUUUUGUCCCAAUCUGAUCAACUGGGGACUUCUUUUGGGUUGUUGUCCCUAUAUGAUCAACUGGGGACAUCUUUUGGGUUGUUGUCCCUAUGUGAUUGACUGAGGACAACACCAACAUCUCUCUUUCUUCAAAAACUCUGCUAAAAUUGUGUUUGUUUUCUGAAAGUCAAAUCAUUCUGAAACAAAUUCAUUCCGUCCCCUCGUGUGGCUCCUUGUGCCGCCCGUUGCUCAUUUAUGGGUUCUCCAUUCCACCACAAGGGGAAGAACCAAGAAUUUAGAAACUCAUGGGAUGCAAAGGAUCUGGGCAAUGCUGGCAGGCAGAUGGAGAGGCUGUGCGAGGUCGGCUGGUUUGACUUGUUUUCUCUUUUAAUCCUCUUUGCCCAGCAAGUUGGACAGGUAGGCAAGGAAUAAUCCCAUAAAACAAAUGGCUGGGAGGGACUCUGCCUUACAAACAUCUUUCUCUGGGUGCUCCCCGUGUUCUGUAUGGCACUGAGUGAAGAGAUGCAAAGAAAACCUGAAAGUCCUUCCGGGUCACGUAUCUGUGAAGGAGUGAAACUGUGCUCUGGUGGUCAAUGAAUGGGGCGAUGCUGCAUUUCCUCGGGGGCAACGCGCGACAGCUGGAGGAAAAAAUAAUGAUUUUAAUGACAAAUAGCAAACCUGGAGAAAUGGGAAGGGAGGUGGAGGGCAAUGUUUUCACCUCAAAGUGAAUACUGAGGCUAUAAAUUGGCACUCAGGUGCUGCUCAUCCCCAUGUCAAUAGAAAGACA